CCGGUUUUCCUAAUGACGCCAAGCAGACAACAAUCUCGGCGAGAAGAAUAUAAGCAUUCGUUGACCUAAAACUCUCAUUACUCACUUCUCAUGUCGUCGACCUUGAUUAUAAUAUGCAAUGUAGCUUUUCAUUAAACACUUUGCAUUGUUGAUCAGCGCGAGGAUCCUAUAUCAUUUCACCAACAAGAUCAUUUGUGGAGAUAAUCGGGUAAAUGCACUAUCUACACGAUUUUCUUAAUCUUUACUGUCCCCUUUUCUCUGAAGUUUUUACGGUAUAAAGAUUAAGAAUUGAAUGGUAGUCGAUAUGGAGUUGAAUACUAUCAUAUCAUUUGUUAUCGAGAUAAUUGUCACAACAAUCAGUAUACCAGGCAACAUCCUUAUCAUCGCCGUGUACAAACGAAAGAGAAGGACAUCGUUCUCGGUCUUGGCAAUUGGACUCGGAAUCAUCGAUCUCGUGAUUUCUUUGACAAGCCCAGUACGAUUAUAUAAUUAUUUGUUUUUCGGAAAACAUACCAGCAAAGCGUAUUGUCAGGCAUGUGGUGGUAUAUUUUACCUUGGCUUAAAUUCUUCUAUUUUCAUGGCGGCUCUUAUAGCAAGCAAUCGGUAUUUUGCGAUUUGUAAGCCUCAUGACUACAGGUUUACCCCUCGAGCCUCAGCAGUGUCGGUCGCCAUUAGCUUUGGAGUAUCCGUCUUGGCCAGUCUACCACUAAGCGUCCUAUUUGAUGUUGUUUCAUACCCCAAUGACAAAUUCGACUGCGGCAUGCCACAGAGACUUCAUCUUAUAGCUACAGUUUACAUUUGCUUUCUAACGAUUUUCCACAUCUUGACGAUAGUCGUUACACUUACCAUGUAUGGCUGCGUCCUGAGGCGAGUUCGACGGUUAAAAAGAGUUGGUUUCAAUAGAGCUAACACGAGUGAUUUGAAGCAUAAUCAUCGGAGAGGAGGAGGGACUGAAAUUAAUGAAACUGUUUUAGAUGGUCAGGCAGUCAAUGGAAAAGAAAAAAAAGAUUCAAUUUCUUCCCUCCCUGUUGUGAGCUACCCUAGAACAGGUAGGCACGCUGUAGCCAAUGAAACCAUGGCGACUUGUCCUGUAUCUAGUGUUCACAUCACACAACAAGUUGGCCCAUCUACGUCAGAAGGCCCGUCCAACAAUGCCUCGUACAACCUGUCAAUCCCGAAAAUACCAACACGGCCAAACAGAGACGGUGACGUUUCUGCCAUCGUUCCAAUUCAAACAGCGGACGAAGUUCUGGAUACUUCUUGUCGACGAAACGUGCCGAGACUAAACGGCGAUUCCCCGAGAGCAGAAGCAACAAGGAAACAUUUAAUCGUCAUCAUGCUGCUCUACCUCAUAACGUGGAUCCCUACCCUCUUCAUCAUUAUCUUUGGCUACAAACCGGAAUUUCGAGACACAAACUACGCAGCAUACACUGCCUUCAUGGUCGUGUGUAGGUUCCCAGGUCUGAACAGAAUCUACCAUUUUGGUAUUUCAUUCAUAUUACGGAGAUCAUUCAGACGAGAUUGUAAAGAUUUGCUUCUCAGUGUGAAACUAAAUUUAUUUUGA